CAACACCUGACGCAUCUUUAAGACUCACGACAGACGCAUCGACCAGUACUAUUGGGGCAACACUCGAACAAGAGGAGAACGGAGAGUGGAGACCCAUUAGGUUUUUUUCCAAGAAGCUUGCUGACGCCGAAACUUGUUACAGCACUUACGACAGAGAACUUCUGGGCAUCUUCGCCGCAGUGAAAUAUUUCGCACACCUCCUGGAGGGACGAAAUUUCACGAUCAGAACAGAUCAUAAACCUCUGAUCUACGCUUUUGACAAAAAACACGAAAAGGCAUCUGAACGACAGCUUCGUCAACUCUAUUAUAUCUCACAAUUUUCGACGGACGUGGUUUAUAUCAAGGGUCAUGACAAUAUAGUCGCGGAUACACUCUCACACGAAUCAGCACAAUCGACAUGCCAGCUGCCCUGAAUAUAGAGACAAUUCAACGUCAUCAAGAAGACGACGACGAACUUCUAGCACUCCUCGAGAACAACAAUACGUCAUUGCAACUACAACGACAAAGUGAUUUAUUGUGAUGUUUCCGCAGGCAUAGUACGGCCUUAUCUACCCAAAACAUUUCGCAAAACCGCCUUCGACAUCAUUCACGGACUUUCACACCUCAGCAGAAAAGUGACACCACGCCAUGUACGGGAGAAAUACGUCUGGCCUCACAUAAAAAAAGAUGUUCUCAUCUGGAGUCGAGAAUGUUUACCUUGUCAACGAGCAAAAGUACAGAGACACGCUCGAGUACCUCCAAGACACAUUGGCGUGGGUGAUGACCGUCUUAAACAUGUCAAUAUCGGUAUCAUCGUCCUACCGGAAUACAAAGGUUACGCUCUCACUAUGAUCGAUCGCUUCUCGAGAUAGCUAGUUGUAGCCCCACUAAAAGACAUAACGGCCGAAACAGUGGCCACAGCGGUAUACGACUACUGGAUGUGCAAUUUUGGCGCACCAACGACCAUAACAACUGAUCAGGACUCUCAGUUCGAGUCAGCUCUAUUUCAAGCAAUGGCAAAGUUGGUCGGAGCGGAAAAGAUACGAACAACUCCUUACCACCCUCAAUCGAACGGCAUAAUCGAAUGAUGGCAUCGAACGCUCAAAACAUCGGUGAUGUGCGUGCUCAAACCAUGGCCCGAAGCUCUCUCAAUCACGCUAUUGGGACUUCGCGCAGCAUACAAAGAAGAUUUACAAGCUUCAUCGGCAGAAAUGCUCUACGGAAUCACUUUGAGACUUCCCGAAGAAUUUUUUGUUACCGCGGAUUACGGUGGAAGCCCACAGAUAUUUGUCGAAAAACAUUGCGAACUCAUGCGAGGACUUAGACCAACUCCGAUGGCUCAUCACGUGAAAUCGAAGAUGUUCGUCAGCAAAGACCUUCACACGUGCAGCCAUGUUUUUAUCAGAUGCGACCACGUUAAAGCUCCACUUGAACCUCCGAUCGAGAACCAUUCAAAAUCACGAAAAGAAUCAGCAACGUACUUAUCGAAAUUGACGUCAAUGGAAUACCAAAAACAUCGAUCGCUUGAAACCUGCUUACGUCGUAAAAUCAGAUACUCACGAUCAGACCGAACCCACAGCAGCCCAUCGAGUUCCUGAACACCAAUGGUCAUCAUCUAUGGAUUCUCCUAUCAAAACUUACCAAAGAAAAACCAAAAAACAAGUCUCUUUUGCAUCAUAGAGCAAAAAGACUUGGGAGGAGUACUGUGGCGACUCGGUCGCUCCCGCCAUAAAAGACUGACGCGCCUCUAUAGGGAACGAGAAGAAACAAGGGAGUUAGAACGACGGAGAAAAACUCUCUCUUCCUCCACAGCUGCGGCGACUUCGACUGUGAAUAUAGACACUAAGAGAUUAACUACGUUUCUGGAUCUCGGCCAUGCGCCUAUCUUUCUCUCUUCUAAAAAAGUUUGUAACAAUAAAGUUUAAAAUAAAAAAUAAACGUGUCAUUGA